AUGGACCAGGAAGACAUCAAGAUGUUGGUCAGGAAAUGGUGGGACAUUUACAACGAUGAGUCCUUGGAUUACAAGAACAUCUUAACUGCAACUGCCGCUCCGGCCACAAAUCCGCUGACUCAAUGUAAGGUUGACAACGGGGUGGAGAAGUGGAAUGGGUUGCGUGAAAAACUCCUUGCGACGUCACCAGCUUUAUCUGAAUCUGGAUUCGACUUAUUGAAGAGGCUUUUGACAUAUGACCCUGAGAAGAGAAUAACUGCCGAAGCUGCUCUAAAACACGAAUGGUUUUUUGAAUCUCCUCUGCCUGCAACAAAAGAAUCUAUGGCUUCUUUUCUAGCACUGAGGUAUUUUGGUCCUGCUACUUCUUUUAUGAGAGCAUUACAUUCCCAUGAAUGUCGUAAUAAUUUUCUAUUGCAACAUCUAGAUGCAUUCAAACAGAAGAGCCCCAGAGGAAAAGAGGUUGAAUGA